AUGCAUAAAAACAACUCUUCUGCUGGAGGGAAGUUUUCGAAUGUUAAUUUCUUCCAAUCGAAUAGUCAACCCGCAAGCACGCCAAGUCCAAUUAGCAAUUACAGAAAUGGGAAAAACAUCAGAAAAGGCUAUAAUACUUCAGAUCAAGGCAAUACCCCUAACCGUCAUACAAAUUCUUCUGGCCCACUUGGUAACCAUCCUAACAAAUCAAGCACAUGGAGACAACAAGAACAUACUGAUCAACGAAAUAGAGGUAAUAGUAAAAGAACCAAUAGCAGCGACACUGAUCGCAAGAUACAACGCAAUAAUACCGGAAGAUCGAGCAGGAACAAAGCCCAACAAAGUUACCAAAAAAAGCAACCGAAUUCUCAAAAGAAGCAAUUGCAAGGCGGUGUGGAUACAUCUAUUCCUAAGGCGUCCGUAUGUGCUUCAGUUAAGUCAUCCGAAAACACAUUUCAAUUGAACCACUUUGGCAAUAAAAGCGAUACUUUUGAGGUUAAAUAUUUUGGAAAUUUAUUUAAGGCUCCGGAGACCCUAGGCUUUCAGAAAAUCCAACAUCGGCCACAAAGGACACCAAAAUACAUGUUAAAAGAAAAUGUCCUAUUUGAUAUGAGCAGCUAUGAAAUAAAUAAAUGGGAUCUAGAAAACCAAAAAAUAUUAAACAGGAGGGAGCUUGAAUAUUCAGGUGAUCCACAGCUAUUGUUUGAAGAAUUUGUUGAACGCCGAAGUAAGGAGAGGGAAAUGAUGGAAAAGUUUAAUUUGGUGGAUAAAGAAAAUGCAAAAAAAUCACUAGAUGAUGCAAUUGUUUUCAGAGGCAGCUGUGAAGAUAUGUGUCCUACAUAUGAGCGUGUUGAAAGGGUUUACAAAAAUCAAGUAUCAAAAUGGGAGAAAGAUCCUGCAACAGGACAAAUUUCUAGGAAUUUAGCAAUCAAAACUUUUAUGAGGCCAUCUGGACAGGCUCCUCCGUUGCCUUCAGAUGUUAGAACUCCUAUGGUGUUACAAAAAACAUUGAAUUAUAUUAUAGAAAAUUUACUUCCAAGGCUACCAGAGUCUCAGUCUUUUAUAUGGGACCGAACUAGAUCAAUAAGGCAAGAUUUCACAUUUCAGAACAAUUAUUCCGGUAUCGAAUCAAUCGAUUGCCACGAAAAGAUUUGUAGAAUUCAUAUUCUUUCCCUACAUGUGAUGGCAGGUGUCAAUGAUCCGGAUUAUCAGCAACAACAAGAAGUGGAACAAUUUAAUAACUCCCUGCAAACAUUAACACAUAUGUACCAAGCCGUUCGGUCUCGAGGCGGGUAUUGCCCAAAUGAACCGGAGUUCAGAGCUUAUGAAAUAAUGUCAAAAAUUAGAGACUCAGAACUUGAUAGAUACCUGCAGACCCUCCCACAAUACAUACAAAAUAACAAGAUCGUUCAGCAGGCAAUUAAACUCAAAUCAUUGAUAGUCGAAGGAAUGAAUACAUUCAAUUGUUACACUGAAUUUUUUAGGUCUGUGUUAGAUAGAAAUAAAACACCGUUUCUUUUAGCAUCUAUUUCCGAAAUUCAUUUCAACGAGAUUAGAUACAACGCAUUCAGGUGCAUUAGUCGUGCAUAUCAUUCAAAGACGAAACUCCUUCCUACAGUUGAGAACUUGGUCUCUUGGCUAGGUUACAACGAUGUUGAACAACUAUCAAUGACCUGUAAACUUUAUGGGCUGUCUUUUAUUAAUGACCAGGAUACGAAUGCGAUUCGAGUUGACAUAACAGCUUUGAAAGCAAGUUUCAAACCUUCUCAACCGCAAGCCUAUACAAAUCGGAUUAGCGAUAUGAUCAACGGUCAAUCGAUGUCCCAAAUUGUCAACAGUGGUAUGCCCAACAAAUCUUUGAAUCUCAAAACUUCAUUAACUACCGAACAGGUUGCGAGAGAGAGUUUCAAAGGAAGCAAAGUAAAUACUGAAAAGACGGAUCUGAUAUUUAAAGGAUUUAAAUUAGCAAGACUAUUAGAACCAUCAGUGGAAUCUGGAUUUCAAUCUUUCGGCGUUCCAGCAACGUCUUUUUCUACCAAUAAUAAUGAGCUGAUCCCUGCCAAUGCAAACUUUGUUGGCUUUCAGAAUGGUCAAUGUCACAACUUGUCAUCAUUCUCGAGCGCUAAUCCUUCUAUUAAAUUGCCCAUACAAAAUUCAAGAAACCCAAAAAAUAACUUCGAAGAGGCUCCUCAUCUUCAUACUCCGACAUUUAACUUUGGUGCUGCAGUUACACUUCCUACUGACCUUAAUGUGAAAUCGAUUCCUUCAACAUUUAAGAAUGAAAAGUCCGAUAUAACAAACCCCCCUGUUUUGUCACCUAAAAAAGUUGAUAUUGUGACUCCUGUUGAAACGUCAUUUCCGGUUUCUCAAAAUCCUCCAAAGAGAAAAUUGAUUGACAAUCCUGAUUUCAAGUCACAGGCAAUCAGGAUAGUAAAUGAUAUUUCAACGCAAGUUGUGGUCAAAAUAAGCAACAAAUUAAUCAAAGAACAAGUAGAGAAGGAGUUUUCAUCUAGAAAGAAAUUAAAAAAAAGUAUUCUGGUAGCUAACCUUUCAAAUGAAUUGUUUUCUGCUUUUAUGAAAGAACAACUAUACUUAGCUGCUCUAGAAGGUCGUGCUAUAGCAACAUAUAACCGCAAUCUAAAAACAAGGAUUUUAUCCAGUAUUAUCAUAAAAGCUCGAAAUGCACUGAUCAGAAAGGAAUUGGCACAGGCUAAAUUGAAUGAAGUUGAAAAAUUCUCUAGUGAUGUUGUAAAACCAGUAGUUUUUCCAAAAAAUAUUCGAAAGUCAAUAAGACCUACAAACUUACUAGAUUUUAAUUUUCAAAUGAAAAUUUUCAAGAUUGAUUUGAAAAAUAUGCUUGAAAAAUUGGAGCCGAUUGGCGAUCUCAGUACUGCUGUAAUUUUGAGAGAAAGAAGAUCUCAAACUUCCAAAUGGCUUCUAUCCCAGCUGGGGUUACUUCACAAAAGUAAGGUGGAAGUCAAAAACGACUCAAACUACAAGCUCACGGUGGAACUCUUACCUGAAAAUUUUAUUCCUGAAGAAUAUUUUAAGGGAUUAUCUAGUAUUUUGAUCCAAGUGGGUACUUUGGAGGGUCUGGAUAAUUCAGACAAAGACACUUUAAUUAAAUGUUUGAAAAGAGAUGCAAAAGUGCUAGCAAAAUUGCAAAAAUAUCUUACCGAUUUCUCAGGCAAACCACAGUUUUCCUUUGUAAUUGUUUAUUCUGAUGCAUAUGGAUAUGAUCUGCCAUUCAGCGCUAUAAAAAGCUUAUUGAUGCUUGACAAUUUGACUUCUUCAGGGAUAACUAUAGGGUUUUAUAAACUCAAUUCGUUAUCAAUACUACAAAAAAACAGCAAUCUAUCCAUAAUGAAAAAACUAGGAGACGAUUUUGGAAAGGUAUUAGAACAAGUUUGGGCAAAAAUGUGUCUUAAGUCGAAAAUGUUAGAAUCGCAGUCUAAUAACAGUAUAAAUUAUGUCAGUGGUAUGAACAUAACUAGUGGUUCCAUGUCAGACGCUACAUCAAAAGAUGAUAAUUCUGCUAUGGCCCAAAAAUCAUCUGGCACUGUCAAAAGAAAACUUGGUUACUUACACCAAACCUAUGCUGAUACAAAAUCGAAAAGGAGAAGCUAUAGACGCACACACCCAUUGCUAAAUGCUUCAAUUUCAAAUUCAUUUAGAUGUCACUUGCGUAGUACUGCUUCUGUGGCAAGCGAAACACACUCUAAGAAUACGAAUAGCUCUGUGUUGUCUAGUUAUAAUAACAGCCUUAUGGAGAUUUUGAACGAAAGUUUGCGUGACACUUCUAAUGCGAUCCACACUGAAGCAGAGAUUGCUGAGAACAAAAAAAGACUACAAAGAGUCCAGGAACUGUCUGAACUCGACGUGCUUGCUGAAAAUGUAUUAAAUAGUUGA